AUUUGCCUCUUGAAAAUAUUGAAAGAAUUGAAAGAAUGGGCUUUACUUUUUCUGACAUAUAUAAUAUGCGUUGACUAUUUACUUGGAAUAACACUUCCAUGUGAUGAAAAAUAUCAAGCGGAAAAUGGCAAUUUAUGUUAUCCCUGCAGCGAGGGGUUUUACAAGGUAUCAGACUGUGUUGUAAAUGGGGAACAAGCUAGAUGCAGGCCAUGUAGAAAUGGAGAAUAUCAGCCGUCUUGUGACAAUUCAACUAAGUGUGAUCAUUGCAAACUCUUUUGCAUUGAUGCUAGACAAGUCAAAGUUAAAAACUGUACGGCCACUAGUGAUAUAGAGUGCCUAUGCAAAGCUGGAUUCUACUGGAAACCGUCAACAUGGAAACCUGAUGAAGGCUAUUGUGACUCACAUAGCAAGUGCGGAGCUGGAGAAGGGCUGGUUGAAAAAGGUACACCAUAUAAAAACACUAAAUGUAAACCAUGCGAGGAAGGCGUUACCUAUUCCAGCAAUGCUUCAUUUGACACCUGUGUACCCUGUUCUGUGUGCAACUCAACAGAAGCUUUUAAAUGCAUAACUACACGCGAUGUAGUUUGUGGCGCUCUGCCAGACAAACCGUCACCCACUGAGAGUUCAUCUGAAGGUUGAAACAUUAUUUCUUACUUUGUGAAAUAGAAAUAAUAAAUGACGAUUCUAAGCAUGAUUAGCGUUCACAUAUAUCCAUAUAUAUGUAUACCAUUUUGCACUAAAUAUGCAUAUCUUAUAUAAAGAUUUUUUAGCUCACGUGUUCAUGGCGAGUUUUUAUAUUUAGGAUCGUCGCAUGUCGUUGUCCGUCCAUCCGUCCGUCGUUCACUUUCCUUUGAAGAAUAUUUCCUAUACCAGCCAAACUGUUGGGUGGUCCAUGCACGGUUUAUGUUGCCAUGGCAAUCGAAUGGAAAAACUUUUAAAAAAAUCUUCUUAUCGAGAACUACUGUCCCGAUUUCAAAAUAAUUCCACAGGUAUGUUCCUUUGAUGCCUCCCUACCAUUGUUUCAAGUUAUUAUAUCUUACCGAACAAGGUUUUGGGACAAUAUAUGAAUCAUCUUAUCCCUUCUGUGCUGAAUUGUUUUCCUUAAAUAUUGUUCUGUUGUUUCCAAAACAGUGACCACCACAGAGCGUAGUUACAUUUUCCUUUAUAUGUUUCUAUAAGUAUAUAGUUAAACAUGGAAAAUCUUCAUAUCAGAAAUCGUCUUGUCAGAAACUGCUGGCUCAGUCUCGGAAUAAUUUUGCAGACAUUUUCUUUGCGUGACCCUCUAUCAAAAAUGUUCAAGCAAACUGUAAACCUCAGGUGAGCGAUAUAGGGCCAUCGUAGCCUUCUUAUUUGCAUUUUUGCCGCUUUAACAUAACACUGUUUAAAUUUUUAUUUAUCCAGUUUGUUUUUCCUUAUUUUUUCCUUGUAUAGAACUGUCAGUACUGAAAGAAAAUAGUAUUUUAAUUAAUAAUUGUUAGAUAUUUCGAUCAUCUGUAAAACCAUAAGGGAGGAUGAACACCAGACAUUUAACGUUAAUAGAAAAAGCGAGUUCUUAGUAUUCUACCGUAUCGAAACCAUUUCUUGAUUUUGAUAUUUGUUUUGUUUUUAAUCUGGCCACCGUUAAUCAUUUUAGCUCGACUUUUCGAAGAAUAGGUAGAGCUACUGGACUCGACCAUUUUUCGGCGUCGGUGUUGACGUCCCGAUGUGGUAAUGUUUUUUGUAUGUAAACUGGUAUCUAUUGUGGAAAUGGAUUAAACUUCACACACUUAUUCACUGUGAUGAACUGACUUACAUUGCACAGAUCCCAUAACAAUAUUUUGCUUUUUUUUUUCUUUACAAAACUAUGCAGCCCCUUUCUUCCACUAAGCAAUCUUUAGUUAAGUUUUUGUAUGUCAGCUGGUAUCUCAGUACCCAUGUGGGAAUGGA